GAGGAUGAAUAAACAAAGGAAAAGCGGGACCUAAGCUUCUGAUAUAGCAAACAUACUCAUUUUUCAUUCGAUCUCAUUCGUAUUCACAUACUCUCUGAUUAUUAUCGUUGUAUCAACUUCAAAUAUCAUCACCAUUCCGCCACCAGUGGAACCAAUCAUCAAUUUAGACGCUAUAUUAUCCCAUGUACAAGCUGAUUUACGAAUUUUUUGCUCUAUUUUCUUUCAUCGUACAUGUAAGCAUCAUGUAAUGAGACAACAAGCUUUACAACACUUGUAGCAACUCACCCAAAUCCUGACUGACCAGCAGGCACAAAUAAAUUCCCCAUCCCCAAGGAGCCCGCGAGAUCUCGUCGUGGAAGGCCGAACAAACUCAACGUGGAACAACAAAUAAGACAGCAACGAGAAAUCCAUUCCCGAUGACAUAACGACAAAUUUUGAAAACGAGAUUGACGUCCUAAAAUGGACACUAGCCCGGGCUAUAGUCGAUGUCAGGACGAUACAAUCAAAGAUCCACAUAGCCUAGGUGUCAUUGAGUCACAUAUGACUUAUCAACAUGUUAUCUUGGUCAAGUCACAUUUGUUUGCCAAUCAAAUUAUAACCUAUUAAUUUAAGUGUGUUUCAAUUAAUAUUACUCCUUCUGUUCUCUUUUAUAUGAUGUUCGAAGAUGUUUCACACAAAUUAAGAUACCCCGUAUAAUAUCUUUUAUACCUUUCUUUAUUAAUUGACUAUCAUGUGUCGUAAUCACUUAAAGUAUAAUAAAUGUAGGGUAAAUAUGGUCAUCUAUCACAUAUUUUGCAUUGUUUUUAUCAAAACGUCAACUAUAAUGAGACAAAAAAAGCCAAAACGGCAUUUAAAGAAAAAUGGAGGGAGUAUGAAUUACUUGAAAUGUCUAAAUUAUUAGAUAUACCAAAAUGAACCGAAAUUCUUUAGAGUAUUAAUCGGUUCAUUGUUUUAUCAUCUGAACUGAACCGAACCAAACCAAACCAAACCGAAGAGUAUCUAAACAAAUUCUCACCAAAUUUUCCUUGGUUUCUGAAUGAAUCCUAGACCCAAACAACUCGAUAUCCUAAACAAUCAUAGCAACGUUGGAGGCCUAGUCGUAAUUAGGCCUUAACGUCAUUUUGAGCUAACUGCAAGUAUCAUGGCCCACUUAAUGUUGAAACUUCGAAGACAAGCUUAAUGUAUACAUAGUUGCAUACUCUUAAGCCUCGAAGACUCGACCUGUAAAAUCACUAAAACGUUCUUCUUUCCCUCUCAAAGGUUUCAUAAAGCUCCCACCUUUCCACCACGUAGGGCUCCUCCUUGUUCAAUCCCCAAUUCAAUUGGGCCUUUCUCGAUGGCGGCGAAUUUAACGGCGGGGGCGAUUGGGAAGAUGCUUAACGGAGAAGUGACGGAGAAAGAAAUGAUGCCGAUUGUGCAAGUGACGGAGUUGAAGCUGAUUCAACAAGCCCGGAAAAACCAGGAGAGCAUGGAAAGGUACAAGCUUUCGUUAUCCGAUGGGGUCCAAUCGCAGGAAGGGAUACUUAAUAAUACUUUGAACCUUCUCGUGAAGGAAGGGAGGAUUCAAAUCGGGUCGGUCUUAAGACUCACUCAUUUCGUCACUAACAGCGUUCAGACUCGAAGGAUUGUUAUUGUGAUGGAACUAGAGAUUAUUGCCGAGCAAUGCAAUAUCAUUGGAAACCCUCUUCCUGCCCACCCGGGCAAGCCUAGAAACUCUGGCCAAGAUCAGACACAACAACAACAAUGCAAUGGUGGCUUUGAGCAGCAGCAACAGGCUACAAGGAGUGAACUGAAUGGUGCUGUGAGACAUGGUUCAGCUCAACAACAUCAAGUUGGUGAGAGACGAGCCUUUGGUACUGCUUCUGAGUUUCCUGAAACAACAACACCUUCCGCUAGACCAUUUGCAGGUUACGGAAGCUCUAGGCAGGAGCAAACGAGGGCUCCUCCAACUACUUAUUCUCGUCCGCCAGUUCAAUCUGGUUAUCAGGCCCAACCACCAUCGAUGUAUGCUAACAUGGGACCAGCGGCUAGGAACGAAGCUCCUCCCACGGUGGUUCCUAUUUCUGCUCUGAAUCCUUACCAGAAUCGGUGGACCAUCAAGGUGAGAGUCACGAGUAAAGGAGAGCUCAGGCGUUUCAACAGCACCCGUGGGGGGGAAGGGAAGGUGUUCAGUUUUGAUCUAGUUGAUGCUGCUGGUGGAGAGAUUCGGGUGACUUGUUUUAAUGAUGUGGUUGAUAGGUUCUUUGACAUGAUUGUUGUUGGUAAUGUUUACCUCAUCACAAAGGGGAAUUUGAAGCCUGCUCGUAAAGAGUAUAAUCAUCUCCCCAAUGAUUAUGAAAUACAUUUAGACAACGCUUCAACGAUUCAGCAAUGCUAUGAGGAUGAUGCUACCAUUCCGCGGAAUCAGUUCCAUUUCAAGGACAUAAGUGCUAUCGAAAGCAUGGAGAGCAACAGCAUCACUGAUGUAAUUGGCAUUGUCUCGUCCAUCAGCCCGACAGGCUCAAUCAUGCGGAAAAACGGAACCGAGGCGCAGAAAAGAGCACUUCAGUUGAAGGAUAUGUCAGGCAGAAGCGUUGAGGUAACCAUGUGGGGUAACUUCUGCAACGCAGAAGGACAGAGACUUCAAAGUCUUUGCGAUUCUGGUGUGUUCCCUGUUCUUGCUGUGAAGGCGGGGAGGAUCAGUGAGUUUAAUGGAAAGCAAGUGAGCACCAUUGGAUCAAGCCAACUCGUCGUGGAGCCAGACUUACCUGAAGCCAGAGAGCUGAGGGCGUGGUACGAGAGAGAAGGACGUUACGCUCCUUGUAUCUCGAUAUCUAGAGAGUUCUCUGGUGCUGGCAGGCAAGAGGCUCGCAAGGUGAUCACUCAAAUCAAGGACGAGAAUCUAGGGACCUCGGAGAAGCCGGACUGGAUUACAGUCAGUGCCACCAUUUCAUUUAUGAAGGUUGAGAAUUUCUGCUACACGGCUUGUCCUAUCGUGAAUGGAGACCGUCCGUGCAGCAAAAAGGUCACCAAUAACGGAGACGGGACUUGGCGGUGCGAGAAAUGCGACAAGUGCGUGGAUGAGUGUGACUACAGGUAUAUAUUGCAGCUGCAGUUACAGGACCAUACGGGAGUGACGUGGGCCACAGCGUUUCAGGAGGCUGGUGAGGAGAUAAUGGGAAUGCCUGCGAAAGAUUUGUAUUAUAUGAAGAAUGAGGAUCGUGAUGAGGAGAAAUUUGAAGACAUCGUCCGCAAGGCCGCUUUCACCAAGUACAUUUUCAAGCUGAAGGUGAAGGAAGAAACUUUUAGUGACGAAAGCCGUGUGAAAGCAACAGUUGUGAAAGCUGAGAAGCUGGACUAUUCUUCAGACACCAGGUCCCUGCUAGAGGCAAUGAAUAAACUCAGAACGGAAGAUGCAAAUCCUCUCACUGUAAACCCUGAGGGUUCCAACUACAGGUCUGGUGCGUUUAAUUCCGGUGUUGGAACCUCAGGAACCAGAGAGACCUCAUCAGCUGACGUGCCAGGCAGAGAGUUUGGACUACCUGCAGCAAACCAAGUGAAUCAGUUCGGUAAUCAACAGAGUAGCGAGUCAAGACCCCUUGGUGGUGUUACUUUAUGUGAUGCGUGUGGGAGCAAUGCUCAUGUUUUUGCCAACUGCCCAAGCUUUCUGAGUGAGCCACAAGGACAACACACGAAUAGCGCUUACGGGAACACACCGGGAAGAAACGCUGGUGGAGGCAUGCCAAGGCAACAUGUUGGCAGCUACUGAAAGACUAAACUAUUUCACAUCAUUAUCAUCAUCUCUUUAAAUUUAUAUAUUCGGUUAGAUGCUUCUGACCGUUUUAAGUUUACUUCUCUACAUGUUCUAAGUUUUCUUUCUCUGUUUUUUUUUUUUCUUUCAUUGGACACUAAAGAUGAUGGUGCUUUGUAUCAUUCUCUUUACUCUGGAUAAAGUACACUUCUGUGAUCA